ACUUGCCUCUUGCCAAACCGCUUCCGUGGACAAGAUGAAGCCAAGGAGGAGCUUCCCAACGCGUCGCUGGAGUCGCAGUGACUGCUGCCCCAUUUAAAACCGAUGUCAGACUGUGCCCCGGCUGCCUGUCGAGAUGAAAGAAGUGGUGUUGUGGUCACCCGAGGAGGUGACGAAUUGGCUAACGGAGAACGCCGUGCCGGAGUACUGCGAGCCGUUGAAGAGCUUCACCGGGCAGGAUCUCAUCAACCUGACAGAGGAGGAUUUUAAGAAGACGCCUCUCUCCCGGGUGUCUUCUGACAGCGGACAGAGGCUACUGCACAUGAUCGAAACUUUAAAAAUGGCUCACCACAUGGAGGCUCACAAGAACGGGCACGUCAACGGGCACAUCCGCGUCGGCAACGCCGCGCGCGAGAACGGCUGCAGCAGUAAGACGAAGCUGAACGGGAUGCCAAAUGGGUACAAGAAGGAGAUGAUCAAGAUCCCCAUGCCAGAGCCGGAGCGCUCGCAGUAUCCUAUGGAAUGGGGCAAGACUUUCCUGGCUUUUAUUUAUGCACUUUCUUGUUUCAUCUUUACCACAGUGACUAUCUCAGUCGUUCAUGAACGAGUGCCUCCCAAGGAGGUGCAGCCUCCCCUACCAGAUGCAUUUUUUGAUCGCUUUGAUCGGGUGCAAUGGGCUUUUUCUAUUUGUGAAAUCAACGGCAUGAUCCUUGUAGGACUGUGGUUUGUUCAGUGGCUGCUCUUGAAAUACAAGUCUAUAAUUGGCAGAAGAUUUUUCUGUAUAGUUGGCACACUAUACCUGUAUCGGUGUAUUACAAUGUACGUGACUACACUCCCAGUACCUGGCAUGCAUUUCAAGUGUUCUCCAAAGCUUUUUGGAGACUGGGAAUCUCAUCUGCGAAGGAUAAUGAAGCUGAUUGCUGGCGGAGGAUUGUCCAUCACAGGAUCCCACCACAUGUGCGGCGACUAUCUGUACAGCGGCCACACCGUCAUACUGACUCUCACGUACUUAUUUAUCAAAGAGUAUUCCCCACGGCGACUCUGGUGGUAUCACUGGCUUUGCUGGGCACUCAGCAUGGUUGGGAUGUUCUGCAUCCUCCUUGCUCAUGACCACUACACUGUGGACGUGGUGGUGGCUUACUACAUCACUACAAGACUUUUCUGGUGGUAUCACACAAUGGCCAACCAGCAA